AUGACAACUCUUACAAUCAGUUUAAAACGUCCUAGUAAAGUUUAUCAUGAAGGCGAAGUCAUAGCUGGUGUUGUAGUCGUUAAAAGCAACAGCGAUGUAAGACAUGAAGGCUUGGUACUGGUCAUGGAAGGCUCAGUCAACUUACAAAUAAGUUCCAAAAAUGCUGGUAUUUUUGAUGCAUUCUCAAACAGUAUUAAACCCAUUACAUUAGUUAAUACAUCUAUGGAAAUUGUCCCAGCUGGAAAAAUACCCGUAGGUGUUACUGAAAUCCCAUUUGAGAUGCCACUCAGAGGAAGACCAAGCUCAGCUGGGCCGGGUCUAUUGGAAACAUAUCAUGGAGUAUUUGUAAAUGUUAUGUACACAAUACAAUGCAGUAUGAAAAGGUCAUUUUUAAAUAAACCGCUAAAUGCAGUAUGCCAAUUUUUUGUUCAAUAUAAGCAUCAAGACCCAGGCCCUCUUAAGCCAGUGCGAUGCGAGAUAACCCCCGCAUCUAUUCGUGCGUCUGGGGCCCCUUCGAGAGCGUCAAUGCCAAAUUUUCAGCUGUAUGCGGAAAUUGACACCACGGUGUGCGCCCUUGACAAACCGAUUACAGGAAAGAUUCGUGUAGAUGAUUGCUCGGUGCAGAUAAAAUCUAUUGAACUUCAACUAGUGAGAGUAGAAACCUGUGGCUCAACAGAGGGAUACUCAAGGGAUGCGACAGAGAUACAAAUCAUUCAAGUGGGUGAAGGAGAUGUCUGUCGCUCCCGAGAUGUGCCUCUAUACAUGGUGUUACCGCGGCUCUUCACGUGUCCCACCACGACAACUACCAAUUUUAAAAUAGAGUUCGAGCUCAAUAUUUCGGUGAUAUUUGAAGAUGAUUAUUUAGUGACUGAAAACUUUCCAAUACUAUUGUUAAGAUGUAGAUAA